GCUCUUCCCAUUGGAGUCGGGCUUUACUAGCUGUCCUAACUGGGCAUCUGCUGUUCCAGUGCGCUCUUCCGAGCCGUCUCACCCCAGAGGCAGACGCCUCUCAGCUCCGGGUGAGCAACCCCUGGGCAGUGUUGCUGUGUGGCUGUUCCCCAGCUGCCCCACCCCAGAAGCGUCUGCCUCUCAGCUCGGGGUCUGUCCCAGUCCGACACCCCAGCCAUGGGCAGAGCCCUGCUGCCACAGCAUGACGCCGGGGAAAGGGAGCUCCCAGUUCAGGGCCCCCUCUGGAGAGCAGGGGGUCCUGCCACACUGAGGGUCCUGAUCCUCACCCUGCUCUGGAGGGGGUCCCUCUCCCUGGAGUCUAGUUAUUCCCUCAAGGUGCCGCAGUCGGUGUCGGUGCAGGAAGGUCUCUGCGUUCUAGUCCCCUGCACCUUCACGUACCCAGCCUCGUUCGACACCGACAAUUCCUGGGCCCAGCUCUUCAGAAACUGGUACAAGGAUCAGGUUGUUGUGCACUGGGAUCUGCCUGUGGCCAGCAGUGACCCCAGCCAGGGGGUGUCGCAGGAGACCCAGGGCCGGUUCCAGCUGACGGGGGACCUGACACACGGAAACUGCUCCCUGCAAAUCAGUGAUGCCCAACGGAUGGAUGCAGGGAGAUAUUUCCUUAGAGUCGAGAAAGGAAACUUUAAAUACAGUUACCGCUCCAAUUACCAUUGCACUCACCCUACACUAGAGAUCUUGGUGCCAGAGCUGACGGAGGAGCCAGAGAUCCAGAUCACGCCGGCGUGGGGGCCACCAGGGAUGCUGCUGGCUGGGGAGCCGGUGACUGUGACCUGCACAGCUCCCGGGCGAUGCUCCGGGACCCCUCCCCGAGUCACGUGGAUAGGGCCAUUCAGUGACACAGCCCGGAAUGUCUCAGCUCCACUGGCGAACGGCACCUGGACCCACAGCUCCGCACUCAGCUUCACGCCUGCCCCGGGGGACCACGGCAAAGA